AGGGGUGCACCCGCUGAAAACGUAUGAAAAGUAUAAAUAAUUCGAAUUUUACUGCCAUUUAAUCGAUACAGACUUUUGUAAAUGAAUGUGAGGCUAAAUGGAAGAGUGUAUUUAUUUUAACGAGCGUUUAUUAUGGCCCGGCAUUUGUUUACGUUUAUAUCUGUGGUUUGUCUGUGGUAUCACCCGCGCCAACCUUGAAAGUUACUGUGAAAGUGAACACCGUUUUCUUUUUCCACAAAUACUUUUUUUAAACGUCGUCUAACAGCCUUUAAACAUUUGAUGAACUGUGAUGGAGAGAUUUGGAUACGGCCUCUCUUCCUCCUUUUACACUGAGUGGGCGGAAUCAGCCUGAGGAGGAGGAGGAGAAGGAGGGGACUAUAUUAUCCUAAGUAGCAGAGAGACGCUCAGGACUAUAGCUCUCUCCCAUUGAGUUGCCGGACUGCUUUUUGUGUCAGAUCGCAGCUGCACGGGCAAACAGCUUGAUAGACCAGGUGGAGAGUAAAGGCUGCUCUGUUGACAGUAUCAUCGCCGGCUGACCAUCUUAUCAGUCCACCAGACCCGUGUUCUGCUCAAGGAUCUCCCGUCAGCUGCACUGUGACCAGUGACCCCAUCCGCAGGAUAACCCCUUCUGGGCCACCGCCAAGCUAAUAGAGGUGGCCUGACUGAGGCCCGAUGUGGAAUUUGACCCCGACUGACCCCGUCCCAUAAGUAGCCUUUCACUGAGCCCGGACUGGGAAGAGGAAGGAUAAAAGAGCAAGAGGGGCGACGGAGAAGAAAAGAGGAAGAAAAGGGGAGAAGUGAGAGCAGCAGCAGAGCAACCGCCACUUCAGCAUGCCGGUGGAGACUUUGCGGCCCUCAGACGGCCGCCUGGCCGGGGUUCCCUUCACCUCUGCCAUGCCCUUCCGCAUCCUUAACAAGGGUCCAGACUACUUCCGCCGCCAGGCUGAGCCCGGGGCUCGUAAACUGAGCGCCGUGGAGCGCCUGGAGGCAGACAAGGCCAAAUAUGUCAAGAGCCAGCAGGUGGCCCUCACCCGCCAGGCUCCCGUCAAGCCGCCAAUCAUCCGCAAACCCCUCCUUCCCCCUGGGAUGAUGCUCCAGUGUCAGAUCAGCACUCCUACAACCCGGAAAGUUUCCCGCCACCCUGCUGAUGCUGAGAAUGGAGGAGGGAAAGAGGGACUAGGAGGGAGGAGAGGACCUGCUCUAAACUUGGAUAUUCUGAAUAACUUGAUCAAUAAUGUGUGUGACGGACCUGUGCCCUGCUCACAGUCCUCCUCCUCCCCCUCCCCCUCAGCCUCUUCUCCUUCAUCGGGGGCAAAGAGUAUCGGCAGCAGCCUGUCAGCAGAGCAGGAGAGGAGUGGCCGACUCCUCAACAACCUCAAGCCGUUGAAUCACAGCACCGCCAACUCCUCAUCCACCUCCUCCUGCACCUCCUCGCCACUCAACAACAACCUCCAGACACCUGCAGUAGAGCCCAGCCGUCGUCCACCCCCUGUCCCAGCACGGGCACCCCGCAUUGGGAUCCCAGCACCCUACAGCUCCCCAAAUUCGGUGACGGUGCGUAGAGUGGACGUUCGGCCUCAGGCUGAGAUAAGGAAGCCUCAGAGGCCGCAACUGCAGCCCCAGAUCAAGCCCAGACAGACGGCCCAGGGCCAGGUAGCACCACCCCAGGUCCCCCCACCACCUCCUCCACCCCAGCAGAAUCAGCCCCCACUUCACCACCAGCCCCACACCAGCUCGCAGGCCCUCCCCUCGCCCCCAGCUUACCUGCCGCCGAGUCCCAUGCUGGUCCGAGCAGGCAUGAUCCCCCCAGCUUCUCCUGCUUUCACUCGCCUAUCCAACGCCAGCUCCAGGGGUUCUGCACGGAAGCACCCGUCCUUGCACCGGUCCAAGUCGGACCUGAGCGACCGCUAUUCCCGCGCCACCGCUGACCUGGAGCGCUUCUUCAACUACUGCGGGCUAGACCCGGAGGAAGUGGAGGGGAUGGGUGGAGUGGAGCGCUUCACCAGGGCCAAUUCGGACAUCGUCUCCGUCUCAAAACUCCGCAGCGUCAGCACGCCCAGCUCCGAGUGUGGGGAUGGAGGCGAACAAGCAAGGGAGGAUGAGGAUGACGAGGACGGGCCUGCUAGAGCCAAUGAACGUGUGCCAUACGGCAUCUCCGUCAUCGAAAGGAACGCUCGUGUCAUCAAGUGGUUGUACGGCAUUCGUCAGGCGCGAGAUGCGAGCAGCAGCGCUGUUUCUAACGUAUAGACUGACAAGAGACUCAAAGAGCAAAGAACAGGAGACGGACAUGGGAAGGGGGAGAUGAGCUACUGGAAUGAGGAUCCAGACCAUUUCCCUCCAUGCGAGGCUUCUUAUUUAUUGAACUUUUCCAGAGGUUGUUAAUGGGGCCAGUCUUUGGUAUAUACAUAUAUAUUUUUUUCUAUUUGUAUGUAUACACAAGUCUGAAGAAGGGAAGCCGAUUGUCCAUCUGUUGGUGUUCUGCUGCCUUACAUCACAUUAAGGUUAAGCCAGUAGUUGUUUUUUCUGUUGCCUGUGAAGCAUCUCACUUGUUUUGGAAAUCACGCAGCAGUGAUUUUUUUUUUUUUUUUUUUUCUGGGCUGCAAGUCAGGACUGCUUCCCUGAAAGACAAAACGGACAAUACAGUUCCCUUCUCCUUUGCUUGAGCUCGUAUAACAAUAUUGGUGUAUGAAAGCAAUAAUUGGCUUGAAUGAUGAAGGUGAGGAUGAAGGCAGAGGAGCUUUGUUGCUGUGGUUCCUUGUCCUAUGGUACUAAGUGUUUAUGUGUGUGUGUGUGUGUGUGUAUGUGUGUGUGUGUGUGUGUGUAUGCGCACUGUAGGGGCUAGACUGGAACAAGAAACCUGGCUUGAAACCUGCUAGAGAUUCUGCAUGACAGCAUCACAACUCUGGCCUCUGUAUGUGCCAGGAACACACACUGAUACUGUGAAAAUGCACAAAAAAGCUUCUAUAAACACAUUUGUAUUUUCAACAACUUUUGGCUGUAAGACUGUUAUUACAUGAAUCCCCAUAAGCAUGCAAAAGGAAAGUUUGUAUACAUCUCAACAAAAGCACAGCCAUCUUUACACUACUUUACACUCACAUACAGAUACACACUUCACAGCACAGAUGUAUGAUGACAGUAGUCGUGCUGUCUGUUGUGUAUCUGUAACAUUGUUUAGUUGUGUGUUGCAGCUGAAACAUGGUCUCUGGUCAAGGAAUAUGCUGCAGCGGUGCAGCAGGAGAAAUCUGUUUACUACGUACUGUAUGUCUUGGCAUGGGUGAGAGGAGGAGUCACAUGAUAAAGAAUGAUGUUAGAGCUGGAUGGUUGAAGUAAGUGUAGCAUGUGGAGUUAUUUUAUCUCUAGAAACAGCAAAUAAAUGAGAGAGUGAAAAUAAAAGAAUGGGAAGUGGAAGACUGAGAAGAGUAUACUCAUGGAUAAGAAAGAUAUCUAUGGCUAAGAGCCAUGGUUUUGAAAGUGUCUCAGGAAGUUGUACUUGGCAUACUGACAAAAACGGACCAAUAUUUAUUUGGAAAAUGUAAUUUAAUCUAUUUUUAAUAUUGGACAGUUCAAUGUACAGAAUUCAGCCUUUGCUCUUAAGUGCAAUCUGAUCAUAUCUAAUACACAACACAGAAAGGAAAAGACACAAACCAAACCAACACAGUCCAUGUACAUGCAGAUACAGGCACCAAUCACACAAGUGUGAAUGUCAGGUGAAUGCUGACUUAUGAGUGUAAUAUUUGCCCCACUCUGUGGGGAGCACAGAAGAAAGUGAAACUGUGGCUUAUUUAUUUGACUUCCUGUUUGCUGCAGCAGGGGUGAGGGAGGAGACCCCCUCCACCUGAGUUCUCCACCCUCUGCAUGUAUGUCUAUAACUUUUCAGACCUAAGCGGCUCGUUAGUCAUGAGUCAGGAAUUCCUCUUCAUGCCUACAUGAGGAGCAGUUUACAGUAGGAUUCAGAGCAGAGGGUUGGAGAACGCUGCGGCAGCGACGGUGAACAAAGUGUGCUGUUGAACCCGGCACUGGAUGCCCAAAGAGUCGUCAAGUGAGAGAUCCAAAAUGCUGCAACAUGGUGUAUUGUUAACAAUUAAUAAAGACUUUUUUUUCAGUUGAAAA